AUGGGGUUACUAUAUUCAUUGCUUCAGGCAGUGUUCUAGCUUCCGUACAGUGAAAGCGGCUUUGUUUUCAUUGGUUGAUGUCAACAUCCAAGUAGCUAUCAAAAGAAAGCUUGGAACGACUCUCUGCCUGACUCACCAACUUAAGCCGAUACACUGACUGUCUACUGACACAAACAACGCAAAGAUGGCGCCCAACUACAAGAUUGCUCUCAUUCAGUUCCAGCCAAAGGACGUCGCCGUCGAGGAAAACUUCCAAAAGGCAGCCUCCUACAUCCGUAAGGCCGCCUCGGGAGGUGCCCACCUCGCCGUGCUCCCGGAGUACCACCUAACAUCCUGGUGUCCCGAGCACCCAUCUUUCGUCGCGGCAUGCGCCGAAUCCUCAGCCGACAACAGCUACCUGUCUCGGUACCAGUCCCUAGCGCGUGAGCUCAACAUCAACAUCGUGCCCGGAACCAUUUGCGAAGUCCACCCCGUUUCUUCCGCCUCCUCAAAAAGUGAGGGGGAAAAGCCAAGUGACGAUGGCGGUAACGGCAAGCAAGAACCCGCCACCUGGAAGGGUCAGUCCAUCGAAAUCCGCAACAUGGCCUACUGGAUCUCCGCCUCCACCGGCGACCUGGCCGGUUCCUACCAGAAGAUGAACCUCUGGCAUCCCGAGCGACCGCACCUGACGGCGGGGGACAUCAAGCGGCACAAGCCCCACCGUGCCUUCGACACACCCCUUUUGAAGCCCGGCGGCCCCGACGGGAAGACCCAAGUCCCGAUCCGAGCAGGCCUGCUCAUCUGCUGGGACCUCGCCUUCCCCGAGGGGUUCCGCGCCCUGAUCGCCGACGGCGCCGAUAUCAUUGUCGUCCCGUCGUACUGGUGGGUGACGAAGGUGGAUGAGAAUACGGGGAGGAAGAUCAGCCGCGAUGACGAGAAGAUCUUUUUGGAGAGCGUGUGCGUGACGAGGGCGUGCGAGAACACGGCGGCGAUUGUGUACUGUAAUGCGGGCGGGAUGAGCCAGGUGGCGUUGCCGCUUAAGGGGGUGUUGCCGCCGGCCGGGGAAGAGGGGGAUGGAAGGAAGGGAAUCAUGGGAGCCGAGACGGAGGAGAUGCAGAUUGUGGAUGUGGACUUUGAUGUGUUGAGGGAGUGCGAGGAGAUGUAUAAGGUUCGGAUGGAUAUGGGUGGGAAGGGGUGGCAUUAUGAGUAUACGCUUUGGAGGGAUGGGGAGGGGGAGGUGAAGAAGGAGGAGUAGGAGUUCGAGUAGGCUGCCUUGAUGCUUCGACGUCUCGAGUGAGUCGCCGCAAUGUCUUCCAGUCGCAGUGCCCGACUUCCACACUCGACUCCCAGAAGUGGGUAUGUAUCCCGUCUCCUUGAAAGACUGCGUUUGCAAUGUUAUUGCCCUACGUCAUUUGAGUUCCUUCAUCCCAUUUUUAUACUCCCACAU